AAACUCAAAUCCAAAUUUUCUCGAAACCCUCCACAGAAGAAACACACCCGGAGAUAAAAAUAAAAGUUAUAAUUUCAUGUCUGACUUAAAAUUCAAAAUCCAAACUGAUUUUUAUAUUUCAUAUUAUAGAUCAAUCCAGAACUCGAAUCGAAAAUCGAUAACCAAACAACAUUGUCGUCGGCCCACAUCUCCCACGACAUUUCUGACACUGUCAAAACUCACGAGACUCUCUUUCUUUCUCUCUCUCCCUCUCUCUCUAGAUCUCCUCUCUGUCUAUCUCUCUCUACGCCAUGUCCACAUACAGAACAAGAAGAAAGAAAAAGAAGAUAAUCAGAAGUAGUCAUUGAUUAGAUAGAUUCUCAUUGGCAAUGGCAGACUCUCACCCUCUCUCACUCUACUCUCCUCCUCUUCUUAUGCCCACCAACACUGCCACUGGCGAGGUUGAGGUCGAGGUUGAAGACAAUGGCGGGGGGCAUUCUUGUCAUUUCACAUUCAUGCAGCUAAGAGAGCUGGAGCAGCAGUCACUAAUUUACACUUACAUCGAAAAGCAAAUUCCCAUUCCGACCUCCUUAAUUCUCCCAAUCUGGAGGAGCUUCCCCUCGUCUCUUGUCCGCACAUUUUACCCCAACUUGUUGCAUUUGGACAUUAAAAGUAAAGUGGAGGCCGAGCCCGGCCGAUGCCGCCGAACCGACGGAAAAAAAUGGCGGUGCGCCAAAUUGGUGGCGCACGGCCACAAGUACUGCCGCGCCCACCUCCAUCGGGGGCGCCUCCGCCCCAACCACCACGACCGGCGCACUGUCGCCAAUAAAGGGAAGCAUUGUAGCUCGUUGGAAACCUCGCCGGAGACGACCAAUUUUUGUGACGGCUCAGGUUGAGACAUUUUAUUUUAUUUUAUUUUAUGACGUAAAAAUCCGUUUUUACAUAUUUCUAUUUCAAUUUUAAUUCAAUCUUAACAAUUCAAUUAAAAUGUUAGUAGAUAUCGUCAUUGGUUGGGUGUAAUUCUAAUUAAUAAUCACUACAUUUAAUUUUACACUCUUUUUUAUAAUU